GUAUACACAUCAGACUGGUCCCUAAAUACUCUUUUCCUUCUGAUUUAUCUACCAUAUUGACGGACAUCUAGUUUUGUGAGCAGCGUGGUUUGUCCUAAACCAGGAUAGGAUGUUACUUGCGGUUACUGUCUGACUGUUGCACGUUUCAGUGAAAAUCGUCAAUGGUGCAGCCUACAAAAGGUUUAUGAAACCCAAAUUUUAUUCUGCGAGGUGCCUGCAAUUCAACGCAAAUUUCUUUUUAUGAAAUUUCCUGAGUGAAAGUAUUAUGGUUGUUACUUCCACCUCCACCUGCCCACCUUGGCCCCUACUUAAAGGAAGCCUCUGCCCUACCUCCACCAUCCAGGGACCAAUGUGUGCAGGUGGAGGCAGAUAGAUGACACCAGAGGUAGAAUAAAGCGCUAUCAUGCACGUUUAUUUUAACACACUCAAUGCACAGUUCCAGAAGGAACAAAAAUAAUACUUUCACUCAGAAAAUCUAAACAAACAAAAACCCUUGCCGUGGUAGGCACUAACUAAACAAUGUACUUCUCUACCCAACGAGGACAUUUUGUUUUGGAGGUACACAUGCAAAAGAAAACAAGAAAGCACUCAGACAGACCUUUUUCCAAAAGUACUGAAAACAAUCACCUCCUCAAACAUUCUGUCUCCUCUCCUAAAACUCCCUCUCCCCAAACAAGGGAUUUGGCUACCCUUUUAUAGCAUGUGCCCUCUGAUUCAGUUUCAACAAAAAUGUUCUACCCAUGCAGGGCUUCUGCCUUGUCACAAUAUAUAAUUAAAUCCCUGUGGGACCUGGAGAAAUGUUAGUUAUAUCAGAGUGUUCACAAUAAUAGAGUUUGGCAAUUUUUUCCUUCAGAGUAAUGAAGAAAUGCUCAUUCACAAAGUUAAUUUAAUUUCGUUUACCCCCUAUUUUAUGUUUUAAUCUUCCAUAGAUGUGUGGUUCUAUCUGAUCCUUUGAAAGACUCUUCCCGCUCUCAGGAAUCCUGGAGUGCAUUCCUAACAAAACUCAGGACGCUGCUACUCAUGUCCUUUACUAAGAACCUGGGCAAAUUUGAAGAUGACAUGCGAACACUGCGGGAAAAACGGACUGAGCCAGGCUGGAGCUUCUGUGAAUACUUCAUGGUCCAGGAAGAGCUAGCGUUUGUGUUUGAGAUGCUGCAACAAUUUGAAGAUGCCCUGGUGCAGUAUGAUGAAUUGGAUGCUCUGUUUACACAAUACGUCGUUAAUUUUGGUGCUGGAGAUGGAGCCAACUGGCUGACUUCUUUCUGCCAGCCGGUGCACAGCUGGAAUGGUCUAUUGCUUCGCAAGCCUAUCGAUAUGGAGAAGAGGGACCUGAUCCAGAAAAGCAAGGCCACCUUGCUGGACAUGCGCAGCUACUUGUUCUCGCGGCAGUGCACCCUGCUCCUCUUCCUGCAGCGCCCCUGGGAGGUCACCCAGCGUGCCCUGGAGCUGCUCCACAACUGUGUCCAGGAACUCCAUCUAUUAGAGGUUUUGGUGCUGCAGGGAGCGCUGGAUUGUUGGGUCUUCUUGAGCUGCCUGGAAGUGCUGCAGAGAAUAGAAAGCUGUUCUGAUUGGGCACAAUUAGAUUCAAAUGCAUCACAUACAGUCGGUCUUUGGACUUAUGCUACUGAAAAGUUAAAGUCCUUGGGUUAUCUGUGUGGGCUGGCAUCAGAAAACGGACCCAAUUCUGAAGACUUAAACAGAACAGUGGAUCUCCUGGCUGGACUGGGAGCAGAACGACCAGAAACUGCCAACAGUCUGCAAAGCCCUUAUAAAAAACUCAAAGAAGCCUUAUCUUCAGUAGAAGCCUUUGAAAAACACUACUUAGAACUCUCCCAUGCUGCUAUGGAUAUGUACAGAACAAUUGGUCGACUUCGAUCAGCUCGACUUGUAGGAAAAAGCCUGGCUGAGUUUUACAUGAGAAAAGGGGAUCCUCAGAAAGCGGAAGGCUUCCUUCAAGAGGCCCUCAAAACCUAUCUGGCUGAGGGCUGGGCUCUGCCUGUCACCCACACCAGGAAGCAGUUAGCUGAGUGUCAGAAGCAGCUUGGGCAGACAGAAAAUUAUCUUCAGACAAGUAGCAUGUUAGCCAGUGAUAUCAAUCUCCCAGAAGAGGAGAGGAAACACUUCUGUCAGGAGAUCCUGAAUUUUGCUAACCAGCAAACUGAUAACCAAGUACAAAAGGUGGUUUUGGGGAUGAGCUCAUUUGCACAACUAAGGCAGCUGCACUUCAAACCUUGCUCAGCCGUGGUCCAUGUAGGUGGCUCCUUGACCAUUGAGCUGAGGCUCCACAGCCACAUGCCAAUCCCUGUGUGGCUGGAGCAAGUGGCAGCCAGCGUGCACUUCAGCAUUGAGAAAAACAGCUUCCACAAGGCAGUAGAGUCCCUGAGCAAACAGCGGGUAAUGGCAGGUGGGAACAACGGCAUUAUUCACAUUCAAACCGACCCUCCUGCUGGGCGUUCUCCACAAGUCAGUCUGCCCUCACUGGAGCUGUACGAGAUGCAUGACAAGAGCCCCUCUGACAACUCGCUCAACUCCACCGGCGUCAUCUGCAAGAAUGUGCACCUGCUGCUGCGCCACCAGGAGAGUGUUUCCUCCAUAGAGACGCCAUCUGGAGUUUCACUGGAAGACAGCGCACAGGUCCUCAAAACAACUGAUGUAUUGCUAGAGCCAGGUUUUAACAAGAUUGUAUUUACUGCGCCGGCCCAUAAGCCAGGGACAUACACCCUUCGUCAGCUGUGUGCAACAGUGGGAAGCGUGCAGUUUGUUCUCCCCCAUAUCUACCCCAUUGUGCAGUAUGAGGUCUAUUCUCAGGAGCCCCAACUCAAAGUUGAGCCACUGACAGACAGUCUUUUGGCAGGGAUUGCCCAAAAAGUGAAGUUUACAAUAAUUACUGGGCACUAUGCAAUAAAGAAAGGGGAUGUACUACAGCUAAGCAAUGUUGAUGCCAUGCCUAUCCUGUAUUCUCCUGGGAGUACUGCAACAAUAUUGUCCAGCACUGGAGAAAAAGUUGAGGAAAGUGUAUUGAUGAUCCAGUCAUCCGAGAAGGUUACCAGCAUUAUGUUGCCACUUACUCCUGCUUAUCAUGUCAUUGAGUUUGAACUGGAAGUAAUUUGCCACAUCCUCUCAAAACCAUUUGACAAUGAGAGGCUGACCAAUGGGGAGCUCCACUGGAAAACCAAAGAGAAUCAGAAGCCAGACUCCUGCCAAGCCUAUAUCACUCAAAAGAUGUCUAUUGACUGCCCAUGGUCUAUUUAUUCUACAAUUAUUGCCUUGACGUUCUGCAACCCCUUUAAAGCUGCGCAGUCCUUGCUAUCUGCUGGAAAGAGGAAAUACAUACAGGUGUGCCUGCAGAAUAUGUCAGAAGUGAGUUUUCAUUUGUUAGACCACAACCUGACAGAAAGCUUGAAGUGCCCAAACAUUGAGCUGGUGUCUAUGAAUGUUAAAACUCGCCAGCAUGUCUACAGAAAGCAGACAGUAUUCUGCCUGUGGGAAAUUAAGUGGACCAAAGAACUUCCUUCCAGUUUGCAGUAUCGGUUUUCUGUCAACUUCUGUCCUGCAAUCAGUGAAGAGGAAUCCACCUCUUUUAAACCCUACACCUAUGAAUUUCAGCUGGAAAACAUUGUUACGCUGUAUAAUGUUAAAGCAGAGAUCUACCCAGUGCUGGGAGCAGAACACUGCAGAACUGGUUCCCUCUGCUCUCUAGAAGUUUCCAUCACACGGCUUUCUGACCUCACAGAAGCAGAUCAGGAUGAAUCUCUGACAGAAUCUGAUGGGCUGUGCACAACCAAGCUCAUGUACGAAGUGGUGGACAACAGCAGUAACUGGGCAUUGUGUGGAAAGAGCUCGGGGGUCAUCUCAAUGCCUGUGGCAGCUCGGGCCUCACACAAGGUCCACAUGGAGGUGAUGCCACUGUUCGCUGGAAACCUGCCUUUCCCCAAUGUGAAGGUCUCCAAGUACCUUCCUCACUACUCAUCCCACUCUACACAACCGGACAUUGACAGCUGGCUUGAGAAUGACCUUUCAGUUGACAAGGCACUGGACGAACAGGCAGACAGCAGUAGCAUACGAAGCCGAACCAGCACGCACUCCGCCAGCAAUGAACACAAAGGGUUGUCCAUGCCCCGUCUGCAAUCAUUCAGCCCUGGCCAGGUCUUCAACUGCAGCACUGGCAUGCAAGUCCUUGUUGUUCCCAGCAAGGACGACCAUGUCCUGGAAGUUAAUGUUACAUGACAACUGUUGCUUUCACGUUCAUUAAACAGACCCUAGUAUGGUUGCACUUGACUGGAUGGUAACACAUGCACUUAGUAGGCCUCUGUUUUAAAACAGCGUACUUUCCUGACAGAGCAUUUGGGCAAAUACUGCUGUAAUUCUUUUUUAACUUGUGACCUGCCCAGUCCUUUUUGUUUUGUUUUGCUUUUUGUUUUGUUUUGUUUUUAAACCAUUCACAGAAUGUACAACAAACUUAAAAACCAGUGUUCAUAUGUAUAUGCUGAUAGGGAAAGCAGCUUGACCUAGUGCUUGGAGCAGUGGACCCAGUCAGGAGAUCCAUAGUUUGAUUUUCAAGCACUGCCUUCAAUUCACUUUGUGACUCACUUUGGCUUGUCAGUUGACCCUCAUGCAGGUCAACUGACUCCAGAGAUGUUAUUUCUCUGCAAUGCUGUGGAAAAAAAUAAAUAUACCAGAUCAUAUAGGUACAUUAUACACAACAAGAAAAGUGUUGAAGCUUCUGCCUUUCAGUUGUUAUCCCAGUGUCAGCUGUGUUGGCUGGGUAACCCUGCAGAGUCUGUUAACUGAGUGUCUGAUUUUCUUCUCUACAUACGUAGUGUAUGUACUCCUGUUUGAGUGCUACAAUCCCAGAACUAUGUGGUGGAAAAUGUCCUGGUCCUGCUGCACCCACAGCAGAUCAUUUGUGUCAGGACUGAAAUCAGACCCAUGCUAAACCUGGAACCCUCCUAUUGUUGCAUUUUCUCUUCUAGUAGAGUAUACAUAAGUCGGUAAGACCUUAUUUCUGGUUGAAUAACUCCUGAUAGGCCAUUGCAGAUGGUAGAAGGUACUGCUGAAAGUUUUAAAGAGAAAGGGUCUUGUUUUAUUAACAGGUGAAGAUCAUCUGUAGGGUUAGUGAUUUUUAGUACACAUCUUCUCCUGCUGGGAUCGUGGUAGUUACUGCUUAAUAUUUGACAGAUGUCAACACUGAUCAAAAUACAUUAUUAUUUGAAGGCUGGCUGAUUCUUUCUGAAUUGUGACGUGGUUGGAACAUAGCUGUAUUUUUUUCACGGUUAUCAUUGAUUUCACGAUUGCCAUGUACCUAUUGUCAUGUAAUAUGCAGUUCCUUGUAAUAAUUCCCAUUUCUGAAAGAAUAGUAUAAAUAUAUAUGUGUUUUGUAUCACUUAAAAUAAAUAUAGCAAACAUUUACC